GGCAACGCGCGACGCGAUGCCGGUACUUCCCCGGACUUGGCUCACUCUCAUAUUUUGUCAUGUCAUAUUAUGGAAUCUAAGCUGUGCUCAGUACCAAACCAUUACGGGUCGUAACAUAAGGCAGAAGUUGGUUUCAAUGACGCGUGAGCUGGUGCUGGACGCCUGUCAGAAGAUCGCCGCGAUCCAGAGCUACCGGCGCGAGUACGCCCGGGCCGAAAUCUUCCAGAUGGGCGACAUGAUACACUACAUGCGCAGCACCUUCAAGAAAAUGACUAAAGUGUACCAGUUGACUGACGAGUACUACUACAUAAGAUACGCCGAAGGCUGGUUCCUCCAGAAUUUACAAGAACUAACUCUACAAGCCAGUAUGGUUGAUACUAUGCUCAAUAUUAUAAAAGAAGGGACGGCGAAAAAAGAAACAAAGGCUAUGCUGCACGCGCGGAUGCAGCGCGUGCUGCGCAGCGGCAAGAAGCGCCCGCGCGCGUCCCCCAGCCAGCCCAGCCCGCCCAGGCGUACCACCAAGAGGAGGAAUCAGAAGUGGAGACAUGUCGUAGAUAACGACUUUGUAAAAGUGUAGAGUUUGGUUUGUUGAUGGCAGCCUGAAACCAGAUAAAUCGUGACUUAGCUCUGCAUCAGUUCAACUAGUUUGUGUAUUAAUGCGACGUGUCAUACUGACGGUACCAAGAGUUUACAACGUGUCUCACUUGCUCUGUUCUAAGACACUCGACUCUUUCACAUAUUCGUGGCUAAUAUCAACAGGCGUUUUGUAAUUUUGCUUAAAUGUCGAGUGUUUACUGGAUCUUGGAUAUGUUUCACUUUAGUUGUUAUAAUCUCAACUUGAAAUCAAAUUAUUUGUUCUGUUAUGUAAGCUAUUGUAUACUCAUUCAUGGAAAUAAAUAUUAUCAAAUUCACAACACUGAUAGA